ACGUCACCGACACCUACGAAGUGACCAAUGAUGGCGGCGUCCGUGAGUGAUGUCCGACACUUCAGUCUGAGCGGACUUUGACAUGACGUUUAACCACACAGAGGCAUAGGUUUUUACGGUAGCCAGCAAAGUUGAAGACUUUCUUAUUCGAGAACUUAUUCAAGUAUUUUGCCAGGGUAAAUCGUCUGUCAAACGGAAGAUGUCAGUUGCCGUGUGUGAACCUCCAGCAGACAGGGUACGAUCACUAGCCUCCUUAGGCUCAGCUGUGGAGGUAGACCAUAACGUGCCUGUCAUUAGAUACUUCAGAUCUGGCAAAGAAAUGAUGAGGAUGGCUGAUGUUUACUAUGAGGAACAUAAUUAUGAACAUGCCUUCAUCCUGUACUCCAAAUUCAUCACUAUUUUUGUGGAGAAGUUACCCAAACAUCCUCUGUAUAAACAAGCGCGAUCGGAGGACAUUAGAGAAACCAAGAAGAAAGUCAAGCUAGCUUUUCCCAAAGCAGAGGAUACCAAAGCUAAGCUUAAGCAGAAGUAUGACAAGGAAUACCAAAUAUGGGAAGAAAAAGAGAAACAAAGACUCGCAGAGGAAGAACGCUUGCGAAAGGAACAAGAGAAAUGGAAUGCAGAGCAGAGGCGGAGACAUGAAGAGGAAGAGGAGGAGAGAAGACAACUCCAGGAGGCUAGAGAACGAUCCUUGAUAGAGGAACAGCAGCGUCAGAUAGAAGAACAAAGACAAGCUAUCCUUGAAGAGCAGCGACGAGCAAAGGAGAGAGAGGAAGGUGAGAAGCGAGCAUUAGCAGCACAAGCAGCAGCGACGGCAGCAGCAAUAGCAGCAGAGGGUGAUGCCAUGCCCUCAGCUCCAUCCCCUGGAAUACCUCCUCCAUCGUACGAAGCUGUGGAGGCUGGUGGCUACUCCGUCUACAAGCCUGCCGAUGAUUCCAUCAGCCCGAGAGGGCAAGUAAGCCCAGCGCCACCGACAUUUGAUCGUAGCCUCAAGGUCGACCGGUCAACCAAGCCCUCUCACUUGCUGAGUACUGUACCCAGUUCCAAGAAUCGCUAUGGGCUUAGAGACCUGUUUGUUCCCAUGGACACGGUGGAGAGAUUCUUAACGUUAGCCAGUCUCAACACAGCCAAGAACCUAGAGACUUGCGGCAUCCUAGCUGGUAAAUUGUCCCACGAUGCAUUCACCAUCACACACAUUGUUGUACCUAAGCAGACAUCAACAUCAGACUCCUGCACAGCGUUGAAUGAAGGCGAAAUCUUUGAUGUCAUGGACAUGAAAGACCUCAUAACACUAGGAUGGAUACAUACGCAUCCCACUCAGACAGCGUUCAUGUCCAGUAUCGAUCUCCAUACACACUGUCCAUACCAAGUCAUGAUGGCAGAAGCCAUCGCUAUCGUAUGUGCUCCAGCCCACAAGGAGACCGGUUAUUUCUCCCUUACACCUGACUACGGCGUAGGUUUCAUCAGUAAUUGCAAAGAGUUGGGGUUCCAUCCCCACCCCUCCCAACCACCCAUCUAUGAAGAAGGCAAGCACGUCAAGAUUGCCCGCGACGUGUCCAUUCAAGUCAUCGAUAUGCGGUGACGUAAGGCCCCUUGGGUAAUCGAUACAGUUCUGUGUCCGUUUGACGAGAUUUUACGGCCCCCCUCCACCACACCUCAGAUGCCCCGCCGUGCACAUUAAGCAACAGUUCAUAUGAAACACUUCAAGCUGAUGGCACCUAACUCUCUGUACUCUAAUACCCAGAAAAGGAAUUAUAUCUGCCUGGAUUUGAAUUACAUGGCUACGACUAGCAGUCACACAAGUCUAUGGACAAAGGCUACAGCCGGUAGCAAGUGGUUCUCAUACAUGCGUAUGUUUAUCCUAGCCUUAGCCAGUAAUUUCGAUGCAACCUCAGUAAUCCAUUAUGGCUAGGAUACCUUUGCUAGAGUGUUUUACUAAUCACAUUUUUAGUAUAUUUUCACCAAAGCACACUGGUUGAUCAUGGCUUUUCUUUUUGAAUGAAAAGAAUUUCAUUUUGAACAGUUGUCGAAUUGUUUUAAUCAACUUUAGUAAAUUGCUGACCUUUGACCUUUGAUUAAAAUAUAACCCGAUUGGACCAUGUAGAAACCUACAUUGCAUCGGUUCGCAAUUUUGCUGCCUGUGCCGUGGAAUAAUGAAACAUAACUUUUUGAAGUCUUAUGUAAAUGAAACAAACAGUGUGACACACAUCUGAACAACUCAACUAAGAUACAGAAUGAAGGAAAGUUUUCUUGGUGAAAAAUUUCCUUCCUUAUUGGAAUUUUGGUCAUGAGAUACAAGACAUGAUCAUGUCAUUUCUCAAUACGUCUGUUCACCCUUUUACACGUGUUACAGUGUAAGAUUUUUAAUUUACAGUGAAAUUCUUCUUAACUCUAGAAUGUGAACAGGUUAUUCAUCCCAAGUUCAUAACAUCAAUGUCAUAAAUACAGCUUGGUUGAAGUACAUCAAAUGUUGUAGGUUGCAGAGUGUCAAGUGUUUGAUAGCUGGUGCCACAGGUAGGCAAGACUUCUGCAUACAGCCUUGUAUUAAAGUUGGUGUAUUAGAGACACAACCGUCUUUCUUCAUAAAUCCUUAAUCACAAGAGGUCAGAAAUGAAAGCUGCUUCUGCCAUUCUGUCCAACCCAACAUUAACCCAAAAAAUCCUCAAAUUCUUUCUUUGGAUGUGUGAUGACAUUGUCACACAUUUCUGACAAGUUGUAUGAUUAUUAUUAUUUUUUUUAAUGUGUUGUAUCAGACAACAUUUCUGGGUUAUCGUUGGUUGUUUAAGCUUCAUCUCCGGGCAUUGAUCAAACACCAUUGUAACCUUUUUGGAGAGGAGAAAGUCCAUAUUCCAAGUGGUUUAUUUGGAAAUACAUUUCAAGAAGUGGAUACAUUAUACAGAGUUUACAAAGAUGCUUAACUUGAGAUAAACAUUUGACCUCAUCAAUAACCACAUUGUAGUUGAACCGGACUUCAUUUGCAUGUAAUAGCAGUACUGAUAAGUAAAGUUUUAUGACCUACCUGUAACCACCAAAGAAAAAAUCGGGAGGUUUUUGCAAUCAGAGAGGUGUUGGGGCCUCAAAGGGGAGGAGUUGGGGCUUUGUUCCUCAGAGUGGGUAACAUGUAUAUUAAACAUUUUAUUAGGAGAAAAGUCAGCCAUUUUAGUUACGGUUGUAUCGUGUGUCUGUGCAACGUGUGAAAAAAAGUAAGAGUAAUUUCAAAGGUCAAGGGUCAGUACGACUGAGAAAUGUGUUCCUCUGAAGUAAAACACGGUGGACUGGUAAUGUGUUGCUUUGAAGACAAACAACCAUGCAGUAGAAUUGGUUUGGAUACAUUUGGAAAUUGUUUUUAAGUUUUUACAUUUUGGCUUCAGUUCAGGAAUUUGAUUUUUUUUAAGGUUUGUGUUAACAUGUUUUUGUAAUAGAAGUUAUUGGCUUUACAGUCGGUGUAUAACCAAAUUUUGUUCAUUCUCAAUAACCUCUAUUGGAAGUUAAACAUUAUGGGUUGUGACAUUUGCAAAAAGUUCAUAAAAGUCAGCCUCAAAUGUUUCUUUUUCAGUGCAACCAAUUAUUGGCCGACAUGUCCACAUGUGUUAAGUAGAAUGUUUUUAUUUCAUUCAAUGACCUGUUCAAAGACACUGUUUAUAUUUGCAGAUUUCUUCUGGCGGUCCGGAGCUUUUAUAUAUAUGUACAUGUACAGUAGAUAGUCCUUGGCUGUUUCCAAUCCAGUGGGUGCAACAUGUUUUGCUAUGUGCCAGAUAGAACAUUGUAGUUCUUCGGUCUCCCACUGCUGUAGGAAGGACAGCACAGGCAGUUAUUGCUGUGGUGGAAAUAUUGGCAAGGUUUUACAGAAAAAAUGAAAGCAUCCAGCAAAUCAUUGCUUUUGUAUUGGCCACGGGGAAGAGUCCGUAUGAAAUAACAAAACUAAUCGGUCUACCAGACCAAAAGAACUGAUAUAUGCACUGUUGUGUUAUUGUAGGUUACAUUAUCUUGUGUAUAAAUGUACAGUGCAUAUUGUAUAUAUAGUCAUAGCAGGCAUAUCUUUAUUGAGCUGAGACAAAUUUAUCUUAAAAUAGUUACAAAGUAUGACUUGGUUUCAAAAAAUGUGAAAUGACUUAUAAAACGAUGAAUCGUAUCCACGUGUA